AUGGCCUCCCUCCCCAAAACAAUGAAAGGCGUGGUCAUCGAAAAGACUGGCGGGCCAGAUGUGUUGCAGUACAAGACCGACCUCCCCCUCCCCAACCCCUCCUCCGGCCAAAUCCUCGUGAAAAACGACUACAUAGGCAUAAACUUCAUCGACACCUAUUUUCGCACCGGCCUGUACCCUCCUCCUCAGUACCCGUACAUGCUAGGACGGGAAUCAGAGGGCACCGUCGUCGCGACGGGUGAGGGGGAGAUGUAUGGACUAAAGGAGGGAGAUAAAGUGGUCAUGCUUUCCGAGAGCACGUACGCGGAGUACACGGCGGCGCAUGCGGCGAAGGCUGUCAAAGUGCCGAAGGAUAUGGAUCCGAAGAUCGGGGCUGGUGCGCUAUUACAGGGUCUGACGGCGUUGACGAUGAUUAGGGAGAGUUAUCACGUCAAUAAAGGGGACUGGGUGUUGGUGCAUGCCGCGGCGGGCGGGACAGGGUUGUGGUUGUGUCAGUUGUUGAAAGCUGUGGGAGCGAAUAUCAUCGGGACCGCGUCGACGGAUGAUAAAGUGGAGAGGGCGAAGAAGGCGGGGGCGACACAUAUGGUUAAUUACAGCCAUGAGGAUGUGAAGCAAAAGGUUAUGGAGCUCACGAAUAAUGCGGGCUGCAUUGCGGUGUUUGAUGGCGUGGGUAAGAGUACAUUUGAUCUGAGUCUGGAUUGUCUGGCGCGGAAAGGGACGUUGGUCAGUUUCGGGAAUGCGUCCGGUGCUGUGCCGCCGGUGACGAUAAGUAGGUUGACGCCGAAGUGUGCGAAGUUGUUGCGCCCGGCGCUGUUUGGGUAUAUUGUGACGAGGGAGGAGUUUGAGGGGUAUGUGAAUGAGUUGUUCGACUUCAUACUGAAGGAGAAGAUGGACACGGCGAUUCAUGAGGUGUAUCCGCUUAGUGAGGUGGCGAGAGCGCAUGGGGAUUUGGAGGGGAGGAAGACGAGUGGGAAGUUGUUGUUGGAUCCGUCGAAGUAG